AUGCGGACAAACGAACAAAAUACUGGAGAUAAUAAUUUUAAUUUGCCAACAUCGGUGACAUCCAAACAGUCAUAUUUACUCACAACUCUAAUUAAUAAUUCCACUUCUUUACCUCCUUAUAACAUUUUCUCCGCCUGUUUCAUUCUCUCUCUCAUUCUCACUCUCACUAUAUCUUUACUCUCUCUCAUUCUCACUAUAUCUUUUAUUCUUUCUUUCACUCUUACUUUCACUAUUUCUUUUAUUCUCUCUCUCAUUCUCACUCUCACUAUAUCUUUUAUUUGCUCUCUCACUCUUACUAUAUCGUUUAUUUUCUCUCUCACUCUUACUCACACUAUAUCUUUUAUUCUCUCUCACUUACUAUAUAUUUUAUUCUCACUCUCACUAUAUCUUUUAUUUUCUCUCUUAUUCUCACUAUAUCUUUUAUUCUCGCUCUCUCAUUCUCACUCUCACUAUAUCUUUUAUUCUCUCUCUCUCAUUCUCACUAUAUCGUUUACUUUCUCUCUCACUCUUACUAUAUCUUUUAUUCUCUCUCUCAUUCUAACUCUUACUAUAUCGUUUAUUUUCUCUCUCACUCUCACUAUAUCUUUUAUACUCUCUCUCAUUCUUACUCUCACUAUAUCUUUUAUGUUCUCUCUUAUUCUUACUCUCACUAUAUCUUUUAUUCUCUCUCUCAUUCUCACUAUAUCUUUUAUUCUCUCUCUCACUCUCACUAUAUCUUUUAUUAUCUCUCUCAUUCUCACUAUAUCUUUUAUUCUCUCUCUCAUUCUCACUCUCACUAUAUCUUUUAUACUCUCUCUCAUUCUUACUCUCACUAUAUCUUUUAUUCUCUCUCUCACUCUUACUAUAUCUUUAUUUUCUCUCUCACUAUAUAUUUUAUUCUCUCUCUCAUUCUCACUAUAUCUUUUAUUUCUCACUCUCACUUUUAUUCUCUCUCUCAGUCUUACUCUCACUAUAUCUUUUAUACUCUCUCUCAUUCUUACUUUCACUAUAUCUUUUAUUCUCUCCCUCUCUCUCACUCUUACUCUAACUCAAUAUAUAUUUCUCUUAAAUAAUGAAAAAUCAAACACAAAUCUCUCCGCCAUCAUCCAAUUAAUACUUUUUCAAGCAAUCGAUUUAUCAAUUCGUUUUUUGUAUCGUCAACAAAUUUCAAACCCAAUUCCUGAUAAUUUUUGUAUUUUAUUCUUCUUCUCAAAUCUUCUCUGCGACUACGCUACUACGCUUUCCCAACGUUUCCUUCUUUCUUCCUUCUUUUCUUCUUCCUUUUUAAUUCGUCUUCUUCUUCAUCCUUCUCCUUCUUUCUUUCUUUUUUUUCCUUCUUUUUCCUUCUCUUUCUUCCUUCUUCUUCUUUCUCCUUCCGUCUUCUUUCUUUGA